GACGCCGGCUUUUGGCCCUGUGGGGAGGCGUAGCCCGUCGGUAGAGGGAGGCUGUGGUGGCGGAAGGACCUUGGUGGCUGAUGGCGGCUCAAGCUCGGAAUCCUUGCUAACAUUCCCCUCUGCCCUGGAGUUCCUCACUCGAUUCACAAUGACAUCCUUUCAAGAAGUUCCAUUGCAGACUUCCAACUUUGCCCAUGUCAUCUUUCAAAAUGUGGCCAAGAGCUAUCUUCCUAAUGCACACCUAGAAUGUCAUUAUACCUUAACUCCAUACAUCCAUCCACAUCCAAAAGAUUGGGUUGGUAUAUUCAAGGUUGGAUGGAGUACUGCUCGUGAUUAUUACACAUUUUUAUGGUCCCCUAUGCCUGAACAUUAUGCAGAAGGAUCAACAGUCAAUUGUGUGUUAGCGUUUCAAGGAUAUUACCUUCCAAAUGAUGAUGGAGAAUUUUAUCAGUUCUGUUAUGUUACCCACAAGGGUGAAAUUCGUGGAGCAAGUACACCUUUUCAAUUUCGAGCUUCUUCUCCAGUUGAAGAGUUGCUUACAAUGGAAGAUGAAGGAAAUUCCGACAUGUUGGUGGUGACCACAAAAGCUGGUCUUCUUGAGUUGAAAAUUGAGAAAACCAUGAAAGAAAAAGAAGAACUGUUAAAGUUAAUUGCUGUUCUGGAAAAAGAAACAACACAACUUCGAGAACAAGUUGGAAGAAUGGAAAGAGAACUUAACCAUGAGAAAGAAAGAUGUGACGAACUGCAAACAGAGCAGAAGGUUGUUUCUAAGGGUCUUAUUGAAGUCUCACAAAGUUUAAAAAUGGAAAAUGAAGAAUUUAAGAAGAGAUACAGUGAUGCUAUAUCCAAAGCUCUGCAGCUUGAGGAAGAUAUUGUAUCGGUAACACAUAAAGCAAUCGAAAAAGAAACUGAAUUAGACAGUUUAAAGGACAAACUCAGAAAGGCACAAUAUGAAAGAGAAGAACUUGAAUGUCAGUUGAAGACAGAAAAGGAUGAGAAGGAACUUUAUAAGGUACAUUUGAAGAAUACAGAAAUAGAAAAUACCAAGCUUGUGUCAGAGGUCCAGACUUUAAAGAAUUUAGAUGGGAACAAAGAAAACAUGAUUGCUCAUUUCAAAGAAGAGAUUAGCAGACUGCAGUUCUGUUUGGCUGAAAAGGAGAAUCUACAAAGGGCUUUCUUGCUUACAACCUCAAGUAAGGAAGAUACAGUUUCUUUAAAGGAACAGCUUCGUAAAGCAGAGGAACAGGUUCAGGCAACUCGGCAAGAAGCUGUCUUUCUGGCUAAAGAACUUAGUGAUGCUGUAAAUGUGCGGGACAAGACAAUGGCAGAUCUACAUACUACACGCUUGGAAAAUGAGAAAGUAAAAAAGCAGUUAGCUGAUGCAGUGGCAGAGCUUAAACUAAGUGCUGUGAAAAAAGACCAGGAAAAGACUGAUACACUGGAACAUGAACUGAGAAGAGAAGUUGAAGAUCUGAAACUUCGUCUUCAGAUGGCAGCAGAUCAUUAUAAAGAAAAAUUCAAGGAAUGCCAGAGGCUCCAAAAACAAAUAAAUAAACUUUCAGACCAAUCAGCUAAUAACAAUAGUGUCUUCACAAAGAAAAUUGGGAGUCAGCAGAAAGUGAAUGAUGCCUCAAUAAAUACAGACCCAACUACUGCUGCCUCUACUCUUGAUGAAAAGCCACCAGAUCCUACAGCUGAGACAGAUUUUGAAAAUCUAACUAAGGGACAGUUCUCUGAAAUGACCAAAGAAAUUGCUGACAAAACAGAAAAGUAUAAUAAAUGUAAACAACUUUUGCAGGAUGAGAAAACAAAAUGCAUUAAAUAUGCUGAUGAACUUGCAAAAAUGGAGCUGAAGUGGAAAGAACAAGUGAAAAUUGCUGAAAAUGUAAAACUAGAACUUGCUGAAGUAGAGGACAAUUACAAACUUCAGUUGGCAGAGAAAGACAAGGAGAUAAAUGGUCUAACUUCGUAUGUGGAAAACCUCUCCAGGGAGAAGGAACUUAAAAGGAGUAUGGAAAGUGAAGCAGAAAGGAAAUUGGAAGGUCAGAAUUUCCAGAGUCCUCAGCAGAUCUCACAGUGUUUCAACACAAGCUCAGAGCAAAAUGGUCAUGUUCCUGCAGUGCCAAAUACGCAACCAGUUCUGCAGUAUGGUAAUCCUUAUGAAACACAGGAAACAAGAGAUGGAGCAGAUGGUGCUUUUUACCCAGAUGAAAUCCAAAGGCCACCUGUAAGAGUACCCUCUUGGGGACUGGAAGAUAAUGUUGUCUGCAGUCAGCCUGCUCGAAACCUAAGUCGACCUGAUGGUUUAGAAGACCCUGAGGAUAGUAAAGAAGAUGAGAAUGUGCCCACUGCUUCUGAUCCUCCAAGUCAGCAUUCACGUGGGCAUGGAACAGGCUUUUGCUUUGAUCCCAGCUUUGAUGUUCAGAAGAAAUGUCCACUCUGUGAGUUAAUGUUCCCUCCCAACUAUGAUCAGAGCAAAUUUGAAGAACAUGUUGAAAGUCACUGGAAGGUGUGCCCAAUGUGCAGCGAGCAGUUUCCUCCUGACUAUGACCAGCAGGGGUUUGAAAGGCAUGUACAGACCCAUUUUGAUCAGAAUGUUUUAAAUUUUGACUAGUUACUUUUAUUAAGAGUUAAUAAUACAGUCUAGCAGUUGAAAAAAAAAAUCACCUCAAAUAGAUCACUAAGAAGACCACAAGGUGUCACUUUCAUGCACCCUCUACUGCACUUUUCUGACCAAGAGCUACUUUUGAGUUUGGUGUUACUAGGGUCAGGGUCAGUCUUUGGCUUAUCACUUAUCAAUAAAUAUAAUUUUAACCUCUGUUAAUCUUACCUGCUUAAGACGUUCUUGUGUGUUUGUAUCUUUAUUCCCCAUUUUGCAAAAUUAUAUGAAUGAAGAAAAUAAGGAGUAUUUUAAUGUUACCA